CAGAUCCCGGUUUCACUUUUGGGUCCCUGGCCGCCCUCCGCCUCACCGGACGCGCGCGCUGCACAGGCUGGGCGGACGCCGCACCUGCUCCCUUCCGCCUCGGGGGCCCAGGCGUCGGGGCACCGGCGGUCACGUGGUCACGGAGCAUGCCGUCCACCUUCGAGCGGGUCGUCCAGGGUGUGGUCCGGGAGCUGGACCACAGCAGGAAGCUCAUCCCCGUGGACAGCCUCCACAGCUCCACCUGCUUCCGGCCCUAUUGCCUGGUGAGCCAGAAGCCCUCCAGGUCCUGGUUCUGGAAGCCCCGGUACACAAGUGUCAACCUGUCCAUCAAGGACAUCCUGGAGCCUGAUGCGCCUGAGCCAGACUUAGAGCGCGAUGGCCCCUUCCACUUCUCCGAUGACGUGGACGGAGAGCUGAAGGGCAGUGUGGAGCUGGCAGCUCCGGGACAAGGGAAGAUCUCAGGCGGGGCCGCAGUGUCUGGCAGCUCUAGCACCUCAAUAAAUGUGUGCACACUUCGUGUUGACCCAAACAUCUGGGAAGCCAUGCACCAGGAGAGGCGCCUGCGGCAGCCGGAACACAAAAUCUUGAAGCAACUGAGAAGCCGCAGGGACAACUUGUACGUGGUGACAGAGGUGCUGCAGACGCAGGAGGAGGUGCAGGUCACCCGCACUCACAAGAAAGAGGGAUCAGGCCAGUUUAUACUGAGUGCAGCCAUGUGCCUUCAGGGUGAGGGCCAGGGCCACCUGAGCCAGAAGAACACGGUGUCCAUCCCUGCAGAAAGCAUCCUUGCCUUCCGAGUGGCCCAGCUGGUCAUUACCCAUGACUGGGACAUCCUCCUCUUCCCAGAUGAGAGGAAGACGACCUUCCCACCACCCUCCACAGGCCAAGCUGGGGCCCGCCGCCUGUCCACCAUGCUAAUGUCCUUCUGCAACCCCUUCAGACUCAUGACAGAUGGGUGCCCUGAAGACUGGGUGGUCUCUGAGGACUUGCAGGGUCUCCAGGCGGAGGUGGAGGCUGUCUCGGAGGAGCUGCAGCACAUGGAGACGGAGCUGAAGCGGCAGCUGCUGGGGCCGCUGGGCGCGGUCCUGCGGGAUGAGCCAGCGCUGCAGGCCUUGGAGGACUCGCUGGACCAGGGCCUGUGCUGCGGCGGGCAGGUGGAGCCUUUGGAAGGCCCCGCAGGUGCUAUCCUGGAGUACCUGGUACUCCCCUCCCGAGUGCUGGCACAGGAACUCGCCACCCCCAUCUUCUACCUGCUCGGGGCUCUGAUGGUGCUGAGUGAGAGCCAGCACCAGCUGCUGGCCGAAGCGCUGGAGACGGACACCCUUCCGGAGCAGCUUCGGCUGGUGGAGCAGGUCCUGGAGCAGAGUGCCCCGUGGCACAUGCCGGGCGUGGUCAGCCUGUCCCCGGACCUCCUCGGGAGGGGCUGGGGGGAGGAGGCACCCGCCUGGGCCUUGCUGGAGAAGUGUGGCCUGGCGCUGCAGGUCCCCGCGCCUCAGGUGCGCUGGGAGCCGCAGGCCCAGGGCCCUGCCUGCGCCCUCUACGCCUCCCUGGCACUGCUGUCGAGAUUGAGCCCAAAGCCGUGCUAGCUGCAUGCCCGGCACUCUGCCAGUCCAGGAAGGCCGGGGUCUGGCCAACCACAGGGCCAGUUCACCAUGAGGCCAGGAGCUGAAGACGCGUAAUAAAUGUGAUAUGCAA